UCGGCCCUGAAGGCCACCACGCGCUUCUGCCGCUGGCGGGAUUGCGCGUGUGCCAAAUGCGCGCUCAUCGCGGAGCGCCAGCGCGUAAUGGCCGCCCAGGUGGCGCUGCGCAGACAGCAAGCGCAGGAGGAGAUCGACGCUCGGGGCGGCGGUGGCGGGGCUCACCCCAACCAGCAGCCGAAGCGGCCGCCUGUUGCAGUCCGCCUGAGCCCGGGGGCACCGGUGAGCCAGGUGGCCAGCGGCGCCAACGCAGAAAGCGAACCGGCUCCUAAGAAUUGUUGCCCGGAGUUCCAGCGCGGGCGAAGAGAAGAGAAGAUUCAGAAAUAUGACUUCUACUGCAAUGAAUCGGGCAGCUCUGUAGUUCAUUUACUUACACCCUCUCUGACAUCUUCUCCUGAAGCUGCUGGAAGCAAUCAAGAGAAGUCAUCUGGGAUGCAGCCUUUAAGUAAAGAGAUUCCUUCAUCCGGUCCUGAUGAAUCUUUAGAAGGAACUGACAGUUCAGCCUCUCUGUCUUCUUCAGACAUGGAAUCAGGAAAUGAAAGUGAGUGCCCCAAGGAUUUUGUUCCCUGUAAUGCCAGUGUCCCUCCUGCUGCUGGUUCCUUAAAGCGCAGAGACCCACUUGAUAUCCUUACAAAGGUCUUUCCUAACCACAAACAAAGCAGGUUAGAAAGAGUCCUGCAGCUCUGCAGAGGAGACAUAGUCCAAGCUAUAGAGCAGAUCCUGAAUGCAAAUGAACACAGGCAAGGAUUCCGAGAGCUUGCAAUUCCAGUCUUGCCCGAAUGCAGUGCUUUCCAGAGAUCCUCUGAUUUCGGCCUCGGAGUAGAUGUCGCAGCACUUGGCAAUAAAUCAGCAUUUGCUCCUCUUCAAACCAGCCCGGCCUCAUUCAGAAGAGAGGUUAAUUUGUAUGGUUUAAGCCCUAGACUGGGAAUUGGACCUCUAAGAGUGACAUAUUCUCCUCCAGGAAGAGCUUUACCUGGAUUGAUGGCACCGUACCUGAGGACUGGCUUAUUUCCUGCUUUCCCUUUUCAUCCAGUGGUGGACUCUUCCUUUUCAGGAGUGAUCAGAGAUGCAUCUUAUUCCCCCAGUGAAGACAGGGUUGUCAGUACCAAGAUGUAUACCAGGUUAAAUGAAGAACGCAAAUAGUAUCUUGAUCAAGACUUAAUUUUUCUUUUUCUUAUUCCGAUUUGUUCAGUUGGGCUGAUACUCAUUGUGGAGCCCAAAUCUUAAAUUUAUAUCUAAUAAAGUUUCAAAUCCUUCAUUAAAAAAAAAAAAAAGGCUGCAAUGGGAUUCCUUCCCAAAAAUUGGUUGAAAAUGAUUUGAAAAUGGAGAGACUUCUGGAGUGUCAACAGUAAAAAAUUAUUAGAAGUAAAAUUGAUAUGGAAUAUUAUACUAACACAUAUUUCAUUCUACUUUGAAACUUUGGAAGAAAAAAAAGGUGACACUUAAGAAGUUUGGAGUUGAAAAUCCAAGUGUACUGUGAAAAAAGUCCAGUAAAUCAGGCCUGUGGAAUUCCCUUUUGCAUUUUUAAAAUAUUUGAUAUAUUUGUUUUUUUGACUUGGAAUGUAGGUGCUUGAAAUCAAGAAAUAGUUUUCCAAAUAUAGACACUUGAUUGUUUUUAUGAAAAGGUUCUUGAAAUAUGUAGUACAUGUCUGUGAUCAACUGUUGUAACAAAAUUGGUAAGGAAUUUUGGAUAUAAGCAGUCUUUUUAGACUGAAGAUAUUAUGCCUUAAUUAUGUUCCAUAUGCAUAUGGAUAGAAGCAUUGAAGGAAUUGCCUGGUUAAGAAAUAAUUCUGAAUUAUGCUUUAGAAUAAUGUGAAUGAGAUUCAAGCUCAUAUACUUUUUGCUUCUUUUAACAUAAAUGAAUAAUGAAGUAAUGAGUAAUGAAUAUUGGAAACAUCUUUCAUUUUGCGUUACUAGCUGUAUAAUAUUGAAUCUGCUGGAUUGCAGUUAAAACUGUGGCUGGAUCCACAUAUUAUGCUCAGCCAUAGUUUGCUUUAACCAUGGUUUUUAACAGCCUGUAAUGGCCAGGUUCAAACAAUGUGCUAAGUCAAAAUGGCUUGGUGCAAUAUAUGAAUCUAGUCCAGGGUUCGCUUGUGCUAAACAGUGGCUUAUUUAACCAUGGUUUAUUAAACAACCCACAGCUGCUACAAGGUUUAUCCUAAGCCAGUGAUGGGCAACAUGCGAGCCACAUGGGGCUUGUAGCACCCAUUUAUGCGAAGCAUUGCCCCGCCCAAAUUUGGUGGCAAUAUGACCAGAUUUCAGUGGUCCAUUCUUUCUGGGUGAGGGGACCCUCAAAAUUAAGGGUAAGCUUGGGAAAUCUUCUGCUCCCAUUCCCACUGAUAACUCCAGUAACCCUCCCCUAGGUCCCCCUCCUAAGGUCACAAAAACACAUUUUUUCCAGACCAAUUCCGCUUGUCUUGGGACAGUGGGAUUAAGAGUGGAAAUAAGAACAUGAGGUACCUGGGAAGCAACCUGUUCCUGUCUCUGCUCUUGAAAUUCCCACACAUCCACAGCAAGCCCAGACCAAGCAAACCGCAUGAUGGUCUCCCAAAGUAUGUGGAUACAGCUUGCAUUUUAUGACGGAAAACAAUCGCCUAAAAAUGGAAAGGAGAAAACAAAAACAGAUGGCAUUCCCAAGAAUCGUUUCUGUAAUAUGAAGCCUUAACUUCUGGCUGCUGCUUCUGGGUGAUCUGUAGGCACAAGAUGGAGUUCUGAUUCUGAAGCUAAACCUAGCUGCGUGGAUGGAAAUCACGUCACUAUAUAAUUUUUUGGAGAACAAAUGGGUCCUACGUGUAAUAAUAAAUGUGUAGAUUAAUAAAAUGAUGUGUCUUGAAUUAA